GUGAUAGAGGGGGGGAAGACAAAGGCCGCUGCACAAACCCGCAGUUGGGAAAACGUUUGUGACACGAAUCGAUAGAAAGAUGCACAUGGACCCAUUAUACCGGCGGGACUUAAAAACUAUAGCUUAAUGUGCACCGACUUCAGUGUAACAGGAAAUAUAAUUUAACAUUUGUUUGGUAGGGAUGCUGCAGUAUCGUGCCUGAACAUCGUUAUCUGCUAAUAUCAUCCUUGUUGACUGCCGUCUUCCUACUGUGUGCUCGGAGGUGAGAGAGUUUGUGGUGACAUGGUUAUAUAUUGUGGAUGGCACCGGACAGCCAUGGACCCGAAUAGCCGCAGCAGCUGUUUGCCAAUAACUGGUGAAGACACUGGUUUGGAGGCUUUGGCCUCACCACUGGCGGGGUAUUUGGGAAAAGUGCAGGGAAGAGCUGCUUCACUGGACUAUUGCCCUUGGUGUACAUCGAAGGGGCUGAGCUAUGCUCUACGCUCGUACCGAAUCAGCCUCCAGGAUUCGAUCACUGUCUGCACAAACCCACAGUGCCUCUUCCCACUGGUCAGCCGCUCCUUGGAGGAUGUUUUGGCUAGCUUGGAUGCCGUGGAGCCAGUUGUUGGGAACAAAAGAAAAAAUGCCUCCACACAGGAAAAGGAAGAGUUGAUUAAACCUUCAUUCAAACAUCUUCGAUCAAGUGAACUUGGCGGUCUCGAGCCACAAGGUGUAACUGCCACACCUGUUAGCUCAGCAGAGGAUGGUGCUGUAAAUGCUGUCAGAAAUGACCAAUAUGCAGAACCCACGACAGAUGAGGAAAAGCUGAAUGGAUACCACAGGGAUUAUCGAGUUGCAGAAGUGACAAAUAGGGAAUCUGUGAAAGAAAAUGAUCCAGACUGUGCUGCUUAUGCAGAUGGUCUUGCCCCCUCUAUACUCUCAGCUGAAAGCUCCCUGCAACUUUCUUUGACUACUGAUGAAAAUGAGGCUGUGCUCAGUUCACAUUGCAGUGCCCAUGGUAUAUCAGGGAUUGAGUUAAACCACGAGAGGAGUCUUCCUGGAAUCCAAAACGGCUUUGAACAGGACAUUCAUUUAAAUGAAAUCGAUAUUUCACAGAGUCCUCAAAGUGAGCUGACAAUGUGUACAGAAAUAUCACGGACUGAAAUUUGUAAGAAUACAGAGAAUACAUUAAAGGAGUCAGAAGAUCUUGUACCUAUUCCAGAUCAGCUUCUCUGGAGGAACAGUGACAACCUGUGUUGGCUGGACUCGCUGCUUGCUGCUCUGUUCAACUGUAAGAGUUUGCAAAGGUGUAAACCUAAAGACGAACCUCAGCAGUCAUCUCUGUGGCAGCUCCUAAAAGGAUAUGAAGACAUAUGUGCGGCCAUUCAAGUCCACCAACAGACUGGCAGUGAUGGCAUUGUGCGGGUUCCAAGUCAUGUGCUGCAAAAGGCCACUGCAGACCUUCAGAGUCUAAGAAUGUCAGUCUUCAGACUACUGCAACCCAAACUGCACUGCAAACUCGGUCAGAGGGAAACUCCGGUAUUUGCUAUGCCGCUGCUGCUUGUGAUGGAUUCUUGGGUAGAGUGUCUCUUCCAGGCAACCUUUUACUGGGAGAUGAAGUGCAGCAAAUGUAAAACACCUGUGAGAAAAAGUCUGCCUCCAGUGUUUGCACUGCACUUUGUGGAGGGGCUCCCUAACAACGAUGUCAGUACGUACACCUUCAACUUCAAGGGCAGAAACUACUCCGUCACCACUGUCAUACAGUACAAGAGUCACCUGAAGCACUUUGUCACCUGGACUUGCAGCGCUGAUGGCUCGUGGCUGGAAUAUGAUGAUUUAAAAUACCCUGACUGUAAGACCCACCAAAAGCUUCAGGUCCCUGCUAAUGAGAUGCAUAUCGUCUUCUGGGAGGUGGAAGACGACAAAGAGCUUCACAUCUGUUCUUCCUCCUCCACAUCUGCACUCUCUGACAAUGAGAGAAACAACAGUUUAAAUGAAGGUUCGGUAGCGGAUGGGGUGUUGGUUCACAGUCCAGAUCAGUCUCUUCUUAUUCCUCAUAACGACACCGACAUCAUCUGCGCUCUCACUGAAGACACCAGCAGCAUCAUGGACACAACAGUCAUGGCAGGCUUUGAUACUUCCAUAGGUGCCACCACUUUGCUUGACACCUUUGAGGGCCUAACCCACAGUGAAAUCAUUACGCUCACACUGGUUGAAGUAAAACCCGAUGUAGAAAUGCAGUCUUUAAACAACAACCACAAAACUCUAGAUCUGACCACCGCUGGUAAGAAUGACAUUCUUGACAGCUCUUCUGCUGCUAAAGGUAAUAAACUGCAUCACUGUCCCAGUGUUGACCUUCCCUCCACCUCAAGUGAUCCCGACUCGGGGGACGGCUCGUCCAGCGAUCCGACAUUUGUGCCCGGUGCCAGGAGAGGACGAGGGAAAGGAAUCAGCAGGGGGAAAACCGUCAGCAGAGCAAAAGGUAAAAAGGUAGCUUCAUCAAAAGUAGCUUUGCAUACUUCAUCAUCGACAUCUUCAGAGCCCUGUGGAGUAAACCGUGUACAGCCUGUGGUCCCUGAUACUGAGGAUAAGAGUCCAUCUACUGAAAUUACACAACAGGGUUCCCUCAUGUCUUCUACUGAUAACCCACCCCUCUCUGCCAAUGAGAGCGAUCCCACAUCAGCAUCACUACUAGAUCAGAAUUCUCGCUGGUCCUUCCUGCUUAGCAAACAUCCACUAAACCAAGUUCAGAAGUCCACUGCUAAGUUUGCCCCUGCAUCAGACACACAAUUAAAGCCCCCUCCUCCUCCUCCUCCUUUUCACUCUACCCCCAACUCUGUGAAGAGACCGCAUCUUCCAAUGGCGCUCUACCCAAAACCACAACUCCGGACAGAGGACAGCGAAGAUCUGCCAGUGAAAGCUGCAGACAUGUACGGGGCAUUUCGUGCUAAGAGCUUAAACAACCAGAGACCCCUCCUAUCACCUACUGUGCAGUCACAACCAGUCACUUCUAACCACCUAACCACCCCUACAGUGAUGUCUAGUACGUCCCUGGUUACACCUGGAGCAAAGGCACUCCUUAAAGCCUCUCUAAAGAGACAUGGCAGCCAUUCCUCAGAGGUUCCUGUAGGCCUCGGCAGCACAGAAGCCUUCAGAUACAAACUUAAACUUAAGCAACUCAAAUCAAAGAAGAAGCAGCUUGCUAGAAUCAAUAAGAUGUUGGAUAAACAUGAGGGACUACAGCUCCGACCGGACAGCACUGACUUGGACUCUCCCAGCACUGUCACCUCAAGCACCUACGAUGGAGCCACCAGUGACGACUUCCUGUCGGACUUGCUUUCGCCGGCAACAACAGCCAGCAACCUUUCGCCAGACAGCACGGGCUUCUUCGAGAUGUUCGCCAAUGGGCCUGACGGAGCAGAGCGUGUGGUCGAAGCUGCUGGGAGACCAUCAGAGCUGAAUGGCGGAAUGAACGGGCAACAUGACGAAAACUUCCUUGACGAGUUCCUCUCUCAGGCUGCGAGUCAUACCCCGACCGACAUGGAAACCGAAGCACUCAGCGCACUUGAACUUUUCAUUUAAGCUGUGAUGUUUACCAUUAUGUGGAGUUGUUUAACAGCUAUACCUUGUCUUUUUUUUUUUUUAGUUCAGAUUAAAGAAGGGAGAACUCCUCAAUGUGUAUUUAUGUUUCUGUUAAUGAAGGUUUGUAGGUGUGUCAUGUUAAAUAACAAAUGAAAUUUGGGGGGGGGUUGUUGCUUUUUUGCAUUUUUGGCACUUUGAACUAAGGAACUGGCCAUUUGAAGCCAAUUAAAUUUUGUUUCUGUUUGUGUUGAUGUAUUACUUAGUUAUAACUGUCUUUUAGUGUAAAUAAUAAAUUCUUUAUAUGAUU